AUGAAACGCAUCUUCUUAUUUAUUUCUUCUUACAGACUGCCUUGUUUGGAGGAUUACUGGAAUGACUAUCUCGAGAAAGAUUCAAAGAUUCUGUUGAGGUUCUCUUACAAUAAGUUAUGCUCUGCAACAGGGAAGUUGUCUGAAAAUCUUGGAGGGGGAUUCGGAAUGGUACUCAAAGGUGUACUAAUAGAUGGAACAUCCGUUGCAGUAAAGCAGCUUGAUAAAAAAAAGGCAGGGAACAAAAGAGUGCCGUGCAGAGAUGGACACUGUGUUCACCUGCUAUGCCGUCUGCAGAAGAAGGCAAUUGAGAACCAACUGGUUGACAUUGUUGAUUGCCGAAGUGAAGACAUGCAACGCCAUAGUGAAGAAGCUAUCGAAAUAAUUAGGCUUGGAAUGUGGUGUUUGAAUAAUGAUUAUACAAAAAGCCCCCCUAUGUCUUCAGUCAUAAAGGUUUUGGAGGGAGUUAAGGAAUUAGAACCCAUUGUCAGCUUCAACUUUCCAUGCAGCGUGAUCUCUGCUGUGGACUCUACUGUCUAA